AUGACUGCCUGUAACUACCGCGAUGCGUCUUCGUACGCUCCCGUGUUCCCUUCUCCUCUCAACCCUACAAGUCAUGGACCAGUCAACAAAUAUGGAGCUGUCCGUAUUGCUCGCCGAAGACGCAGUCGAGCUGGUCGACGAGGACCUCCUGGAUCCCACACUCUCACCCAGCGAUUCCUUCGUGUCAAGGCUGCUGAUGCGUGGAGGGGACAUGUUUUAAGUGCUCAGGUUACUCAGUACGAGUACGCUGAAGCUGCUGCCAUGGGAGUUAUAAGGGAAACCAAGAACAGAAACUGCUGUCCUUCAAUGCCCGGCCUCAAGAACUUUGGCCUCAACUUCUCCCUCUCCGACGCCCACCGCAUCGCCAGCAGAAUCAGUCUGCCCGAUCUAUCAUGCCUCAAGACAAGACGCAUGCUUCUCGCCAUGGGCCUCGUCGGUCUGCUACCAGCCCUCAAGGUCCGUGAUGCUCUGAGAGCGGCCGAGUCGUUAUGA